UUAUAUAAGAGGGUUCCGCAGUUGUAUUUAUCAACAUUAUCUCGGCGAGUGUCGUGACGGCAACAUGAAGCUCUUCUUGCUGCUGUGUGUAAGCGUGGUGGCUGGUAACCCACUCCGGGCCAGAUCUUCCUCACCUUCUGUGUUUGAUUAUUAUGACUUCGUAGAAAUCCCUCGCACUCAAACUGCUGCAGCUCCAAGAGCUGACGGUCCGUUGUCGCCCCGUCGCCCUGGCCCACACCGUCGUCCUGGCCUACCCAUUCGCGCUGGCCCGCCCCGUCGUAGGCCCCAGCCUAUUCGUCAGGGAGCCCCGGAUUAUCAGCUGGCUAGUGCGGAGGUCCACCCACCCCAGUUCCGACAACAACCCCAAUUUAGACCGAAGUUCAGGCCACAAUAUCAGAAGGAGGUACCCGUAAUCUUCCGUGAAGAACCCGUUUUCGAGAAGCCUGUCUUCUCCAAACCGCAGUACCAGCAGGAGCCCAUAAUGUACGUGGAAGAGGUGGUAACUGGCAGACCUUUCGAGGUCAUGGAAAGGCCUCAGCGUCACCAGGAUGAUCAGAUGCAUCGCCAACAGGGAGAACGACCUCCUCUGGAUCAUGACUACCCACUCUUUCGCCCUCCUCCCCCAAAGUUCCUCCAGAAAGAACGCCACCCGCAAUCUGGACACCUGCAACAGAAUGACGAUAUAUAUGAGGACUUCAGGCAGUAUGAAGAACAAUCUCAACAAGAAGAACGCCCCAAGUUUGAGCAGGAGCGCCUACAAUACGAUGAACGUCAACAGUUUGAAGAUUCCCCCCAGUACGAAGAACGACCUCAGUUUGAGGAAUAUCCCAAGCAUGAACAAGAUCUUCCUGUGUAUGAGGAUGUACCCGAAUACGAGGUAGACAGGCGACCACAACAUCAGCAAGAGGCGCCACCAGUGUAUGCGGAGCCAAUAAAGAAGGACAUCCGCAAACCUGCCAUCAGCAACUAUGUGCCCAAGACGAAAGUAAAGGAGGAGCAGGAGCCUGGGCUAGAGAAGAGACAAGUUAUACAUGGCGGUCACCUUGACCCCGCGGGAGAGCAGUUCGUGGUUGACGCGGCGGAGGCAGAGAGUGCGACAGGAGACGGCCGCUUGUCCUUCCAAAUUCACGGCCAGCAGGGACCACACUCCUAUCGCUUCGGCUACGACACCGGCAAGGGGUACAACCGGCAGUUCCGGUAUGAAGAAAGGGAUGGGGUUGGUCAGGUCCAUGGUCGUUAUGGUUUCUAUGACAAAGAUGGAAAACUUCAAGUGGUAAACUAUUCUGCCCAUCCUGACCAUGGAUUCUCUGCUGAUGUUCCUCAUUAGGCUCCUGCUUCUACUCUGCCUAGUUUGACUCUUGUGACAAUUGCCAUCAGAUUGCUUCCUGACCAUAAGUGCAAAUUAAAACUAGCUUAGUUGAGGCACACAAGACAUGAUGGAAAUCUCACCAGCACACUACCUCGAUCUUCAUUUUAAUUUGCAGCCAAGAGGGUUGCUCUUUCCAAGUUUAACAAGAAUUGGCCACUGUCAUAUAGAAGAAUCUCUUUAUACAUAUUUAAAGUUUUAAAACCCUGUUAAAGAACUAGACACUACCUUUUAUCUUAUCUUUGGGAAAUGUGAUUUCCAUGAUAACUAUGUUGACUUUUCCAAUGUCAUGAUAACUUCCCACACAAUAAAAUCUUGUUAACAGUUUUGGAGCUCACGUUUUGUACUUACACAGUACUGUAACAUAGUGGAUGAUAAUAUUUACAGCGCAAAAGUGUCUAGUCAAUUAGGUGUGAUGAUUUGGGAAUGAAUUUUCAUCACAUCAACUCAGAAUAUUUCAUUUGGAAGGGAUACAGAACAGUUCUAUAACUAUGACAAAACUCCUUUCUUGAUAACAAAGCAUGUACAUUAUGUUCAGCAUAUGUACAAUCAUCUUCAGUGAGUCUUAAUUUUGUACAACUAGUUUGUUUUCAUUAUUUACAUAAACCCUGCCAAAACCCUUUCCUUGUACAAUCCUGCUUUACAUUUUAACAAGCUUUCUUCACUAUAGGCAAACAUAUCUUAUAUUUAUAUACCAGUACAGUAUUCAGUGUUUGUGAAUACAUACUCUAACAGUUGUUAGUUUUUAUAACUUAAUUUUUAACAUUUAUUGUUUAUAUUUUAUCAUUAAGGUUACAUUUUCUACUGAUAUUAUACAGGGCUGGAACCUGUUUUUUUAUAUAUUAAAGAUGAAAUGAAUAUUUUGUUAUGAUAAACCUGUAUAAUGUAUUGUAAUGAAAUGGUUCCUAAAUUUUUCUCCUACAACUCCAAACUGAACACUCACAGGACUUGCCAAAAGUGUGCUGAUAUCACACUUCAGAUAAUUAU